UAAAACAUCUCCCCCCUAAAAUGAACACCUCUCAAACUUCACCCACCAAAAACACCUCGUCCUCCUUCACUCACUACCUUCACUCUCUCUCACAAACACCUCACAGGCUAAGAAAGAGAAUGCUAGCAACAUGGACACCAGACCAGGAGCUCAACCAAGUGAGGCUACGUUCUGGUGCCGACAUGAAGAGGAAGCUCCAAUGGUAUGACUUAAUAGCUCUUGGAGUUGGAGGAAUGCUUGGUGUUGGUGUGUUUGUCACUACCGGUCCGGUGGCUCACUCCAUAGCUGGACCUUCGGUUUUCAUAUCGUAUAUUAUAGCUGGGGUAUCAGCACUCCUUUCUUCCUUGUGUUACACUGAGUUCUCGGUCCAGAUUCCGGUUGCCGGCGGCGCCUUCAGCUAUCUGAGAGUGACCUUCGGUGAGUUUGUGGGUUAUUUUGCCGGGGCAAAUAUAUUAAUGGAGUAUGUGUUGUCGAAUGCUGCGGUUGCGAGAAGCUUCACAGACUAUCUGUGUCGCACGUUGGGAGAAAAUGAUCCAACCUGUUGGAGGAUUGAAGUGGAAGGACUAAUGAAGGGAUACAACAUGCUGGAUUUUCCAGCAGUUGCUCUUGUGCUUCUUCUGACCCUUUGUCUUUGCCAUAGUACCAAGCAGAGCUCAAUCUUGAACCUUAUAAUGACAGUCUUCCAUGUAGUCUUCUUUGGGUUCAUCAUAAUUGCGGGGUUCUACAAAGGGAGUGGCAAGAACUUGGUGAGGCCAGGAGGAUUAGCACCAUUUGGGGUAAAGGGUGUGCUCAAGGGAGCAGCCAAAGUGUAUUUCAGCUAUAUUGGGUAUGACUCAGUCUCAACCAUGGCUGAGGAGAUCCAAAACCCUUCCAAGAGCCUCCCCGUCGGGAUUGUUGGCUCCAUGCUCAUUGUGUCUUUGCUCUAUUGCCUCAUGGCAUUGUCCUUGUGCAUCAUGGUUCCAUACAAUGAGAUAUCAAACGAUGCAUCGUUUUCAGUCGUCUUCGAGAAGAUAGGGUGGGGAUGGGCGAGCAAUCUAGUGGGGGCAGGCGCGAGCUUGGGGAUUGUGGCGUCGCUGGUGGUGGCCAUGCUUGGCCAAGCUCGCUAUCUUUGUGUCAUCGCGAGGUCCCAUCUGGUGCCUUCAUGGCUGGCCAAGGUUCACCCUUCCACUGGCACUCCAUUGAACGCCACACUUUUCUUGGGGAUUUGUACAGCAUUAAUAGCACUAUUCACCGAACUAGAGAUAGUCUUCGAUAUGAUCUCCCUAGGAACUCUCAUGGUAUUCUACCUGGUGGCCAACGCCCUCAUCUACCGCCGCCACGUUAUCACCAGCUGCCGUCGCCCACUCCCCACCCUCCUCUUCCUCAUCCUUCUCUCCUCUGCCUCCCUCGGCUUCUCCAUCUCCUGGAAGCUCGAUAAGUGGUGGGGCUCAGCCCUGUUCAGCUGCCUCGCGGCCGUCGCCACCGCAUCAUUCCACCGCAUGGUCCCCUUCCGUGGUGGCGGGGACUUGCAGUGGUCAGUGCCGCUCAUGCCAUGGCCAGCCUCGGCCUCAAUCUUUCUGAGCGUCUUCCUAAUGACGUCGCUGAAAGUGAUGUCAUUCCAGAGGUUCGGGAUAUGGGCGUGCGUGAUCAGCUUGUUCUAUGUGCUGUAUGGAGUUCACUCGAGUUAUGAAGCUGAAGAGAUGGAGAAGGAGGUGGGAACGGACGGGAUCGUGAACCCAAUAAGCUCAUCGUCUACACAACAAGUUGCUCUUGCUAAUGAUAAGCUAGAUGUUCAAGUGCUUUAACCCUAAUGACGAGGCUGAGAUUAAAUUUUUGGGCUGGUCUCUUGUUCAAAAAUGGUCCUUCUCGAGACUAACGUCUUACAGUUUUUUGGGUUUUGUUGGUAUUUGCUCGUGGA